AUGACACAAGGCACCACGAUCUAUCGUGGCCGAGCCUUCAAAGCACAUGAGGUCCCUGACUCCAUUCGUCAGUCAUUUGUGUACAGCAGACCUCAGCCCCGUACACGUCAGAACCCUGGCCGUGGUCUUCGAAUCUUCUGCUGGAAUGCAGGGGGCCUGGGAGGCGGCCUGUAUCCCGAACUGCUCACUUUCUUGGACAACUCUCAAUAUGAUGUUGCAGUAAUCCUGGAAAGCAAGUGGCAGGAGUGUAUGGAAUACACCACUGGCCAAUGGUCUUGCAUUCACUCCGGUUGCAAAACCAGGAAGCAGGCAGGGGUGCUCAUUCUGGUGCACCACAGGCUUGCCCCUCCUUCACAAUUACGUUUCGAGCAUAUCCUGCAAGGUCGCUUGUUACAUGUGCGAGUGCCUCUCCCAGGCAAGGACUCCAGACACAUUCACCUUGUCGGAGUCUACCAGAAAGCAUACGACCAGAAAACAGCUUCCCUUGAGCAGCGCCAGCAGGUGUGGCAAGCCAUAGAUCGCUGCAUGGCCCGGAUUCCUGCUCGGGACUCAUUGGCCCUCAUGGGGGACUUCAACACCCCACUCAAGCCUAGUGUGCCACAUGUAGGAGAUCACACCAACCCGCUCCCGUGCCAUCCUCCGGAGGACAUGGAUGACUUUAUGGCAUUGCUUGUUACUUAUGAUCUUGUUGCAUUAAACACGUGGAGCAGGACCAUGGACAAGAAAUUGCCAUCAACCUUCCGAUUCCAGGCCACUGAAUCGCAAAUUGACUUCAUCCUAACACGUCGACCUGAUGCCACACACCAGGCCCGCCGAGCUCGAGCUUGGCGCAACUUCCAUGUGGGAGCCUCGAGGUCAGACCCAGCAUCGAUCGUGAUGCCCUGCUACAGGCAGUUGCCAAUCACAUGGCAUCCUGCCCUGGCCUUCCGGGCUGGUUUGCUGCCUGGAAAGCCUGGCGUUCUUUCGACCGACACUAUCGUGAGCAUCAGCUCCGAUGCCGCCAGGCGAAUGCAGCUCCGGGACCCUCAGGGUCUCAUGAUGUCGCCCAGUGCCGAGGCCGACUUGCUGCAUCAGCACUUUCAACAGCGGUUCCAUGCAGAGACGCAGGACCCACAGGAUCCUGAUGCCAUCUGUCUGGCUGGAAAGCAGUGCCUGAUGGACAUCCUCCGAGUGCAGCCUGGUGAAAGCCGCACCUUUGAUGCCAAGAAAGGCAUCCGUCAGGGCUGCUCUGCCUCGCCUUUGUUGUGGUUGAUCUUUUCUCACGCCAUCAGCUGUCGCUUAGAAGGCCUCAUCUCCUACGACAGAAUCUGUGCCAUGCUUACCAUUUUCGCUGAUGAUUACCAUGCGGCGGGAACUUUCUCCUCGCUGCAUGAGCUCGAACAGCUCUUAAGCUGUAUCACGGCUCUCUUCAAGGUCCUCAAAGCAUUCGGCAUGGAGGUGAGCGAUGCCAAAUCACAGGCAGUGCUGGCCCUCAGAGGAUCAUUAGCUUUGCUGCAGCAGAUGGCAGCCCUGGAUCAGGAGAUAAAGGAAGUCUUCGGGGACUUAGCUCAGAACAGCCUUCAGGGCUUUGGCGAUGCACUGUUCGGGACAGGGAGCCCACUUCCGAAUGUGGGGCCUCCCACCAAAGCAGCCAAGCUGGAGGGUGCACCGGGCAAGCGCCAAAGACCCUCAGACAGCGGAAGCUCAACUGGUUCCAACCAUCAGUGGGGCAGCAACAAGGGCCGGGGCAAGGGCAACAAAAACCAGCCCCAACUUCACGCCCUGGUACAUGCCAUGGGGCGCCUCAUCAUUCGGCAAGAGACACAGCUCCAAAUCCUGAAGCAGAACUCCGCCUGGACCCUGUACCUCAAGCCGGGCCCCUCGGGGCCAGUCGCUCUACUGUACAAGACGGCCGAAAAAUACAGGGAGGAGUCGAAGACCAAGUUCAUGGACACCCCGGUUCGAGCUGUUCUCCUUCACACGCUGUUCCAAGCCCUCCUAGGUUCUCUUCAGGACAUCAGCAGCAGCCAGGAGAAGCAAAAGGUACUUCAGGAGAAGGGCUGGCUCAACCAGGACGGGCUCUGGAAUUACCAGAAAUGGGACGGGGAUCAGCAAGCUCUGGUGAUCGACGAGGCACGGCAGCCUGUGAACCACCAGGACUUGAUUGGCAAAGUGGGUCAAUUUGCCGAAAUAAUCUUGAACAAGGAUGUCAUACACAGGUUCAAUGCGACGCACUCCCUGUCCGUGAACAAGACAGGAACCAGCACAUUCCUGCUGGAGGUGGGGCUGCGAGCGCAGGGGGUGGAGCUGGCAUGGGCAAUCCUGGAGACGAUCUCAGGCCUUUCGGCUCUUCAGGUGAUUGGGCUACAAGUCCGGAGAGAAGGCCUUCGCCGUGGGGGCCUUGCCAACGACGUGCAGAAGCUUUUGAAUGCAUCUGCAG